UGGGCGCGAGGGUGGGGUCCGAACCCAUCCCGGGGCCUACCUCGGAGUAACAACCCGAGCGCCUCGGCAUCCUCCUACCUGGCCCGCUUCUCCCCCUGCCUUCCCCGGCCGACCUUGCCCGCCACCCCAGCGCCCGAGGAAACAAAACGCUACAAUGUUGUUUUCCUGCCUCAGGACGAACUCACGGCCUUGAAUGUGAAACAAGGGUUCAAUAACCAGCCUGCCGUCUCUGGGGAUGAACACGGCAGUGCCAAGAACGUCAACUUCAAUCCUGCCAAGAUCAGCUCUAACUUCAGCAGCAUCAUUGCAGAGAAGUUACGUUGUAACACCUUCCCCGACACUGGUCGCAGGAAGCCCCAAGUGAACCAGAAGGACAACUUCUGGCUGGUGACUCCGCGAUCCCAGACUGCCAUUAACACCUGGUUCACUGACCUGGCUGGCACCAAGCCACUCACACAACUAGCCAAGAAGGUCCCCAUUUUCAAUAAGAAGGAAGAAGUGUUUGGGUACUUAGCCAAAUACACAGUGCCUGUGAUGAGGGCCGCCUGGCUCAUUAAGAUGACCUGUGCCUACUAUGCAGCAAUCAGUGAGACCAAGGUUAAGAAGAGACAUGUCAUUGACCCCUUCAUGGAAUGGACUCAGAUCAUCACGAAGUAUUUGUGGGAGCAGCUGCAAAAGAUGGCUGAGUACUACCGGCCAGGGCCUGCGGGCAGUGGGGGCUGUGGUUCCACCAUAGGGCCCUUGCCCCAUGAUGUAGAGGUGGCGAUCCGGCAGUGGGACUACAAUGAGAAGCUGGCCAUGUUCAUGUUUCAGGAUGGCAUGCUGGACAGGCACGAGUUCCUGACCUGGGUUCUCGAGUGUUUCGAGAAAAUCCGCCCUGGAGAGGACGAACUGCUUAAACUGUUGCUGCCCCUGCUGCUUCGAUACUCUGGGGAGUUCGUCCAGUCUGCGUACCUCUCCCGCCGCCUCGCCUACUUCUGCACGCGGAGACUGGCCCUGCAGCUGGAUGGCACCAGUAGUCACUCGUCUCAUGUCAUGUCUGCUCAGUCGACAAGCACACUGCCCACCGCCCCUGCCCCUCAGCCCCCAACCAGUAGCACACCCUCCACGCCCUUUAGCGACCUGCUCAUGUGCCCUCAGCACCGCCCCCUGGUUUUCGGCCUCAGCUGCAUCCUUCAGACCAUCCUCCUGUGCUGUCCCAGUGCCCUGGUCUGGCACUACUCGCUGACUGAUAGCCGAAUUAAAACCGGCUCGCCGCUUGACCACCUACCAAUCGCCCCCUCCAACCUGCCCAUGCCCGAUGGCAACAGUGCCUUCACUCAGCAGGUCCGCGCAAAGUUGCGGGAGAUUGAGCAGCAGAUCAAGGAGCGAGGACAGGCCGUCGAGGUUCGCUGGUCUUUUGAUAAGUGCCAGGAAGCGACUGCAGGCUUCACCAUUGGACGGGUGCUCCACACUUUGGAGGUGCUGGACAGCCAUAGCUUCGAGCGCUCCGACUUCAGCAACUCCCUCGACUCCCUCUGUAACCGGAUCUUCGGACUGGGGCCCAGCAAGGAUGGGCACGAGAUCUCGUCAGAUGACGAUGCUGUGGUAUCACUACUGUGCGAAUGGGCUGUCAGCUGCAAGCGUUCGGGUCGGCACCGUGCCAUGGUGGUGGCCAAGCUGCUGGAGAAGAGACAGGCAGAGAUCGAGGCCGAGCGCUGCGGAGAAUCCGAAGGCGCCGACGAGAAAGGUUCCAUCGCCUCUGGUUCCCUUUCUGCUCCCAGUGCUCCCAUUUUCCAGGAUGUCCUCUUGCAGUUUCUGGACACACAGGCUCCCAUGCUGACGGACCCCCGGAGUGAGAGCGAGCGGGUGGAGUUCUUUAACUUGGUGCUGCUGUUCUGUGAACUCAUCCGACAUGAUGUUUUCUCCCACAACAUGUACACUUGCACACUCAUCUCCCGGGGGGACCUGGCCUUUGGAGCCCCUGGGCCCCGGCCUCCGUCUCCCUUUGACGACCCUGCUGAUGACCCAGAGCGCAAGGAGGCCGAGGGCAGCAGCAGCAGCAAGCUCGAGGAUCCCGGGCUCUCGGAGUCCAUGGACAUCGACCCGAAUUCCAGUGUGCUCUUCGAGGACAUGGAGAAGCCCGACUUCUCGCUGUUCUCCCCAACUAUGCCCUGUGAGGGGAAGGGCAGCCCGUCCCCCGAGAAAGCAGACGUUGAGAAGGACGUGAAGCCACCCGCCAAGGAGAAGCUGGAAGGGACUCUCGGGAUCCUGUACGACCAGCCGCGCCACGUGCAGUAUGCCACGCACUUCCCCAUCCCCCAGGAGGAGUCGUGCAGCCAUGAGUGCAACCAGCGGCUGGUCGUACUGUUUGGGGUGGGAAAGCAGCGAGACGAUGCCCGCCAUGCCAUCAAGAAGAUUACCAAGGAUAUCCUGAAGGUUCUGAACCGCAAAGGGACCGCGGAGACUGACCAGCUUGCUCCCAUUCUGCCUCUGGACCCUGGAGACCUGACAUUCUUAGGUGGGGAGGAUGGGCAGAAGCGGCGCCGCACCCGGCCCGAAGCCUUCCCCACCGCCGAAGACAUCUUUGCCAAGUUCCAGCACCUUUCACACUACGACCAGCACCAGGUCACGGCGCAGGUGUCCCGGAACGUUCUGGAGCAGAUCACGAGCUUCGCCCUCGGCAUGUCGUAUCACUUGCCUCUGGUGCAGCACGUGCAGUUCAUCUUCGACCUCAUGGAGUACUCCCUCAGCAUCAGUGGCCUCAUCGACUUUGCCAUUCAGCUUCUGAACGAACUGAGCGUAGUGGAGGCCGAGUUGCUGCUCAAGUCCUCGGACCUGGUGGGCAGCUACACGACCAGCCUGUGCCUGUGCAUCGUGGCCGUCCUGCGGCACUACCACGCCUGCCUCAUCCUCAACCAGGACCAGAUGACACAGGUCUUUGAGGGGCUGUGCGGCGUAGUGAAGCAUGGGAUGAACCGGUCGGAUGGUUCCUCUGCAGAACGCUGUAUCCUUGCUUAUCUCUAUGAUCUCUACACCUCCUGUAGCCAUUUAAAGAGCAAAUUUGGGGAGCUUUUCAGCGACUUCUGCUCCAAGGUCAAGAACACCAUCUACUGCAACGUGGAACCGUCAGAAUCCAACAUGCGCUGGGCGCCCGAGUUCAUGAUCGAUACCCUGGAGAACCCGGCAGCUCACACGUUCACCUACACGGGCCUAGGCAAGAGUCUGAGCGAGAACCCUGCUAACCGCUACAGCUUCGUCUGCAACGCCCUCAUGCACGUCUGCGUGGGCCACCAUGAUCCCGAUAGGGUGAAUGACAUCGCGAUCCUGUGUGCAGAGCUGACCGGCUACUGCAAGUCACUGAGUGCGGAGUGGCUGGGGGUCCUUAAGGCCUUGUGUUGCUCUUCCAACAAUGGCACUUGUGGCUUCAACGAUCUCCUCUGCAAUGUGGAUGUCAGCGACCUGUCUUUUCAUGACUCCCUGGCGACUUUCGUCGCCAUCCUCAUCGCUCGCCAGUGUUUGCUCCUAGAAGAUCUGAUCCGCUGUGCCGCCAUCCCUUCGCUCCUUAAUGCCGCUUGCAGUGAACAGGACUCCGAGCCGGGAGCCCGGCUCACCUGCCGCAUCCUCCUCCACCUUUUCAAGACACCUCAGCUCAAUCCUUGCCAGUCGGAUGGAAACAAGCCCACUGUAGGAAUCCGCUCCUCCUGUGACCGCCACCUGCUGGCUGCCUCCCAGAACCGCAUCGUGGACGGCGCUGUGUUCGCCGUUCUCAAGGCCGUGUUUGUCCUCGGGGAUGCGGAACUGAAGGGUUCAGGGUUCACCGUGACAGGAGGAACAGAAGAACUUCCAGAGGAGGAGGGUGGAGGAGGUGGUGGCGGUCGGAGGCAGGGUGGCCGCAACAUCUCCGUGGAGACAGCCAGUCUGGAUGUCUAUGCCAAGUACGUGCUGCGCAGCAUCUGCCAGCAGGAAUGGGUAGGAGAACGCUGCCUUAAGUCGCUGUGCGAAGACAGCAAUGACCUACAGGACCCAGUGCUGAGUAGCGCCCAGGCCCAGCGCCUCAUGCAGCUCAUCUGCUACCCACACCGGCUGCUGGACAGCGAGGACGGGGAGAACCCCCAGCGGCAGCGCAUUAAGCGCAUUCUGCAGAACUUGGACCAGUGGACCAUGCGCCAGUCUUCCUUGGAGCUGCAGCUCAUGAUCAAACAGACCCCAAACAAUCAUCUCGGUGCCUCCCCUCCUUCCCAGGAGAUGAAUUCCCUCUUAGAGAACAUCGCCAAGGCCACCAUCGAGGUUUUUCAGCAGUCGGCGGAGACAGGGUCCUCCGGAAGCACUGCGAGCCACAUGCCCAGCGGCAGCAAGACAAAGCCCGUGCUCAGCUCUCUGGAGCGCUCUGGUGUCUGGCUGGUGGCCCCUCUCAUUGCCAAACUGCCCACGUCAGUCCAGGGCCACGUGCUGAAGGCCGCGGGGGAAGAGCUGGAGAAGGGCCAGCACCUGGGCUCCUCUUCCCGCAAAGAGCGCGAUCGGCAAAAGCAGAAGAGCAUGUCCCUGUUGAGUCAGCAGCCCUUCUUAUCCCUGGUGCUGACGUGCCUGAAAGGGCAGGACGAGCAGCGCGAGGGACUCCUGACCUCCCUCUACAGCCAGGUGCACCAGGUACAGAUUGUGACCAAUUGGCGAGAUGGCCAGUACUUAGAUGAUUGCAAACCGAAGCAGCUAAUGCAUGAGGCCCUCAAACUGCGGCUCAACCUGGUGGGCGGCAUGUUUGACACGGUGCAGCGCAGCACCCAGCAGACCACGGAGUGGGCCGUGCUGCUCCUGGAGAUCAUCAUCAGCGGCACUGUCGACAUGCAGUCCAACAACGAGCUCUUCACCACGGUGCUGGACAUGCUGAGCGUCCUCAUCAAUGGCACCCUGGCUGCAGACAUGUCCAGCAUCUCCCAGGGCAGCAUGGAGGAAAACAAGCGUGCCUACAUGAACCUGGUGAAGAAGCUGCGGAAGGAGUUGGGGGAGCGCCAGUCAGACAGUCUGGAAAAAGUUUACCAGCUGCUGCCACUGCCCAAGCAGACCCGAGAUGUCAUCACCUGCGAGCCACAGGGCUCCCUCAUCGACACCAAGGGCAACAAGAUCGCUGGCUUUGAUUCCAUUUUCAAGAAGGAGUUGCAGUAUUCGUUGAGUGGCCAGACCACUGUGCGGAGCAGAGAGGGUCUACAGGUUUCCACCAAACAAAAGAUCUCUCCGUGGGAUCUGUUUGAGGGCUUGAAGCCGUCAGCGCCACUGUCCUGGGGCUGGUUCGGCACGGUGCGGGUAGACCGGCGCGUGGGCCGCGGCGAGGAGCAGCAGCGCCUGCUGCUGUACCACACGCACCUGAGGCCCCGGCCGCGGGCCUAUUACCUGGAGCCACUGCCGCUGCCACCGGAGGACGAGGAGCCCCCCGCUCCUACCCUGCUGGAGCCUGAGAAAAAGGCUCCAGAGCCCCCCAAGGCUGAGAAGCCUGGGGCAGCUCCGGCCAGCACUGAAGAGCGCAAGAAGAAGUCUACGAAGGGCAAGAAGCGCAGCCAGCCGGCUGCCAAGACGGAGGACUACGGAGUGGGCCCCGGGCGGACUGGCCCCUACGGCGUGACAGUGCCCCCAGACCUCCUGCACCACGCUAACCCUGGCUCCAUACCCCACCUGAGCUACAGGCAGGGCUCCAUCGGCCUGUACACACAGAACCAGCCGCUGCCUGCAGGUGGCCCGCGUGUGGACCCGUACCGGCCCCCGCGCUUACCGAUGCAGAAGCUGCCGGCACGGCCCCCGUACCCUGGAGUGCUGCCUGCCACCAUGACGGGCGUCAUGGGCCUGGAGCCGUCCUCUUACAAGACCUCCGUGUACCGACAGCAGCAGCCUGCGGUGCCCCAAGGACAGCGCCUUCGCCAACAGCUCCAGGCAAAGAUACAGAGUCAGGGGAUGCUGGCCCAGUCGUCCGUGCACCAGAUGGCCCCCAGCUCUUCGUACGGUUUGCCGACGUCCCAGGGCUACACUCCCUACGUGUCUCACGUGGGGCUGCAGCAGCACACGGGGCCCGCCAGCACCAUGGUGCCAUCCAGCUACUCCGCCCAGCCUUAUCCGAGCGCCCACCCAGCUGCCAACCCCGCGCUCGCAGACCCCGCUCGCCACCUGCAGCAGCGCCCCAGCGGCUACGUGCACCAGCAGGCCCCCACCUACGGACAUGGGCUGGCCUCCACUCAGAGGUUCGCACACCAGACGCUGCAGCAAACACCCAUGAUCGGUACGCUGACUCCGCUGGGUGCGCAGGGCGUCCAGGCUGCCAUCCGCUCGGCUCCCAUCCUGCCUGAGCAG